CCGCGGUCUCCCACCGCAGCCCCGGAGGACCCGCGCAUGUCGGAGGAGAGCCCCCGAGAGUGCGCGGUGGCUGCCGAGCCCGGGGCCCCCACGCCCCCGGCUCCCGCGCCCCCGCAGAGGACCAGCGACUACUACCGCGUGGACGAGGACCUGCCGGCCAGGUUCAACAACCCGGCGUGGUUUCGGGGCUACGGGACCAAGGAGCCUGUCUCGGUGUACAGGACCAGUAACCAAGCUUAUGGGAGCAGAGCCCCCACUGUGCACGAGAUGCCGAAAGUAUUUUAUCCAAAUUCGAACAAAUUUUCCAGACAACUUGCAGCUACUGGAAUGUUCCAGAACAAUACUUUCAACGUCUGCAUGGAGAAGAGCAUUGUGACGGGUCCCGACAACUACAUCACCUCCUACGACCGGUUCAACUUCCACCCCAGUUACAACAUCAACAAGCCGUCCAUCUGUGAUUGAGGGGCCUCCUGACGCCCUCAAGGGUGAUCUGAAGUGUUCCCCCUACUCUCUCAUCAUUUGCCCAGUUGUCAACUUCACUGCUUUCCCUGAAAAUGUUUUUUCUCUUUAGAUUAGAAAAAUAUGCAGACGGGGCUGUUAAUGCCCUAUUUGCUCUGUUUUACGUCUAAGAUGGAAAAGAUGCUAAUAGCUGACUUUCCAUUAAACACGUUGCCACAUCCUGAA